CACAAAACGACAGCAGUCAGAGGUGAAAAGUCUGGAUCAUGUUGUCAUUCCAGCGGAGGCAUACUUGAAUGACAAAAGGACCUUGAUCAACAAGGCGGUGAGCAGAGCACAUCGAAGUUCUGUGCACAAAGGGAAGACAUUGAUGUCGUUUUCAACCAGCCAGCUAGCAAAAGCUGAUAUUUGUUAGCUAGCUAACGGAGUACCCCCCCGUUAGCUAACCGCCACCAUCAUCGCUCCUAGCCAGCUGUGGAUCGCCCUGUCUUCCUACCAUGGGAAACGCAGCAACUGCCAAGAAAGGCAAUGAACAAGAAAGCGAGACUUUUGUGAAAGAGUUCUUAGCUAAAGCCAAAGAAGACUUCUUAAGAAAAUGGGAGUGUCCACCACAGUGCACAACAAGCCUGGAUGACUUUGAAAGGUUCAAGACCCUGGGGACUGGAUCAUUUGGACGAGUAAUGCUGGUGAAACAUAAAGCAACAAACCAGUUCUAUGCCAUGAAGAUCCUGGACAAACAAAAGGUGGUGAAAUUGAAGCAGAUAGAGCACACGCUAAAUGAAAAAAAAAUCUUACAGGCCGUCUCCUUCCCCUUCCUCGUCAGACUGGUGUACGCUUUCAAGGACAACUCAAACCUCUACAUGGUAAUGGAAUAUGUUCCUGGUGGGGAGAUGUUCUCACACCUCAGACGCACGGGGAGGUUCAGUGAACACCAUGCUCGAUUUUAUGCAGCUCAGAUAGUGCUCACCUUUGAGUACCUUCACUCCUUAGACCUCAUCUACAGAGACCUGAAGCCUGAAAACCUGCUCAUAGACCAACAUGGGUAUAUCCAGAUAGACCAAGAAAAGUCUUUAAAAUGUGAUAAAACAUUGUUUUUCUUUCAGGGCUACAACAAAGCUGUGGACUGGUGGGCUCUUGGAGUUCUUAUCUACGAGAUGGCUGCUGGUUACCCUCCUUUUUUCGCUGAUCAGCCUAUCCAGAUUUAUGAAAAAAUUGUUUCUGGCAAGGUUCGAUUUCCCUCUCACUUUAGCUCCGACCUCAAGGAUCUGCUGAGGAACCUGCUUCAGGUUGACCUGACGAAGAGAUUUGGGAACCUGAAGAAUGGUGUCAAUGACAUAAAGAAUCACAAGUGGUUCUCCACAACAGACUGGAUUGCCAUCUAUGAGCGAAAGGUUGAAGCUCCCUUCUUGCCAAAGUGCAGAGGACCAGGAGACACAAGCAACUUUGAUGACUAUGAAGAGGAGGAGAUCCGUGUAUCGCAAACAGAAAAGUGUGCAAAAGAGUUUGCUGACUUCUAGUGAACGAGCAAGAGUCCCAAUCAGGGCUCUUGUGUUUUGGGAUAUUUGCACUCCGAUGAGGGUUAAGAUGGAACUGAGGCCAUCACGUGCUCAAACAAAUGCCUCGUUCCUUCAGUCCACACAGCCGAAUGAGCUCCUUUUUUUGCCAUGAUCCUGCGUGCUGUUAGCACUAAUCUAUACACAGGCACAUUAUGCAGACACCCCUCGUGCUGCAACACAGAGUACCAGACCACGUUCCUGUUGUGUUUCUUUUUUUUACCUUGUUUUCUAUGUUUGCCACUGUCUGUGUCCUGUCGUCCCUUAUUUAAGUUCUUAUUUGAGAAGCAACUUGAAGACGAAUAUUAAUCUUCCUUUGAAGCAGCUCGCUGGUGUCGCACAUGAUGUGAUUUUUAGGCUUUUGGAUAACUAAGGGACACUUUUGGGCGUUUUGGGCAGAGCAUUUAAAUUCCUGACAUCUCAUUGGCUGUUAUAUGUUUUCUGUUACAUGACUUCGUUUCCUGUAGGAUUCAGUUUAGUAUUCCUUAAUCAGAAACACUGAAAGUAAAUCUAAAGCUAAAGCCAGGAUUUGAAAAUAGACGGCGCCUCUCGCUGCUGCUCUCCAUCUCCGUCCGAAGCCCCUCCCAUCAGCCGAGCACAGGCUGCAAAUGCAAACUUUUGGCUUCACGCAACAUCCAAACCCAUCUCUACAAGGUGAAAGUUAGAUUUCUAACCCACGGCACCAGUUUGUCUUUAUUUCUGUGCUGAUGUUCUUCCUUUUUAUACCACUGGUGUAGUUUGAAAGACCCGUGAUAGGCCAGAGUCUCCCGUCACGUGUCGCGUUUCGAGUGGGCUUUAGUGGAGAUGCAGCAAUAAAGCUCCCUCUGAGAUCAUUUGAAGCUAAAUAUGAUGAGAGGUUAAUAUAAAUGUUGUCAUUUCUCUUUUUUUUUGUCCAAAAAAAUGCCGAAAACAUGUUGCCUAGCGCAGCUUUAAAUAUGAAUCAUUAUUUAUCACUCUGUUGCCCUCGAGACCUGAAAUUGUGUAUUUGUGCAUAUAGAUGUAUGAUUUGAUUUCUUUAAAGACCCUGUUUCCUUAGGGCAUGACCACAAUUCAAUGAAGGGAAAGAAGCGGUGGUGGCUUCUGGAAGUUUUGGCACGCUCAAAGAAGCGGAUCAAUGUUGACAAGUAUUAUUAUGAAGCAGAAACUUGUCAGUGUUGUGCUGAUCAAUCUGUAGCAUCGUUUAUCCAUAUCUGGUCGCAGGACUUUUCCUUUUACCUCAGUCUUGGUGUGAUAUUAGCAUAAUGGAAGGAAGUAAUAUAUUUUUUCUGGUACAACUAUGUUAGAGAGAAAGGGAACUAAGAAAAUUUGAGUAUAUCACUGUGCACAACAUUUACAUGAUUUGUUUUAUACAUUAGUGCGUUUUUCAGUAAUUGAAAGGUCAGGUGAUAUUUUCUUGAGGUUUUAUCAUGAAGGGGAAGCAGUGUUGGUCUCAUUUAGGUUGCUGUUUGUUUUUUUGUCUUUUAACUGCUGUGUUUUGAGCAGAACAAUCGCAAGAUGUUGUGUACCUGCCAUAUUUGUUUGUCAUUUUUUUAUGUUUGUAUAGAUGUGUCACAACAACCUGAUAACAGCCUAAAAAUGUUCCCACUUUUUCGUUUGUUACCUUUUAAAUUGUUCCAAAGCC